UGGUCCCGGCGGCCGGACGGUCCGCGUAGUACCGAUACGUGCGCGCGUCACGCUCGUCUCGUUGUGCUUCGCGUUGCGUCUCGGGUGUUCGCGUUCGCGCCUCGUCUUCUCACGAAAACCAUCGCGUUGUCGUUCGCCGCCGUCGCCGUGGUUAUCGUUCGCGCGCCGUGAUAAAUCGCCGUGGUAAAUCGCGCGCGAAUUGGGGCGAUGGAACACGCGCCGCAGCUAAGCAGGAACGUCACGGAUCCGCGCACGCGUGCAUGCGCGGCCGCCGUCGCGAACGCCAACAACUCGCGCGAGAACUCUUGACACUCAGGUAAAAUGGGAGUUUCUUCGCGGUGCUUGUGAUAUCCAUAAAAAAAAAAAAAAAAAACAAAGGCGCGCCGUGAUCCAUCUCCCAUAAUAUCUCCUUCCCGCUAACCUUUUCUCCCAAAAGAAAAAUCUAUUCGCUGUCCGUUUCGUUUGUCGUGACUGUUUCUACAACGCGUUUCUCGUCCGGAACGUUCUCUCUUUUCCUCUGUGUUUCUUUCUCUCUCCACUUUGUCAUCGUAUCUCUGCUUUAUCGCGCGUCUCACGUCCUCCCCAGCGGCUCCAGCGCGGCGCCGAAACUUCGGAAUACGCGCGUUCGUCGGCGGCGCGCGGGCGGCUCAUCGACGCGCGGUACAUUCGAAGCGCCGCGACGAUGGACGAGUCCGGGAUCGACAUGGGCUUCGAUCUGACGGCAGCAUUCGCCGUCGCAGACCCGAUUGCCCACCAUGUCUCCGUCGCGGAUUACGACGACGAGUUUGAGCAGGUCCUCUCCCUUCUGUCGACCUCGACCAAGGAGCUGAUGUACUACGAGCUGAAGAGCCGCGCGCCUGACACCGGCAGUCCGCCGACGUUCAAAACAGCGACGCCGACGUCGCGCACGCAAUUGAAGCUGCAGCUGAUGCGGGAGCAGCUGCAGGAGCAAGAGAGGCGACAGGCGGAAUUCCGGCAGAGCUUGCAGCAGCAAAGACCAGCUGCCGCACCGCCCAGACCAGUGCCACCUACGCCGUUGCCCACUAUUGGUGUGGAUGUUCCACCGCAAGUAUUACAAGUGCGCACGCUGUUAGAGAAUCCGACUCGCUAUCACGUCGUGCAAAAGCAGAAGAACCAGGUGCGCCAAUACCUACACGAGUCGUUUCGUGGCGAUGAGGACGGCGGCGGCGGCAGCAGUGCCGGCAAUGCGGUCGUCAGCGGCAGCGCCGGUAGCGAGGGCGGCGGCAGGACACCGGUCGACGCCGGGCCGCCACCCGUCCCAAUGGUGGUGCAAAGUGCACCGCCCGGCCCGCAGCUGCAUCACCCGAAGCCGCAGCAUCCUCAUCUCGCCUCGUAUCCGCACGCCCCCGCGCUGCUGCCGCAUCACCCUGGUAACCCGACGGUGGUCUCGGCAAGCCCGGACCCUACCACCACUGGCACCAUGUCCCCAGGUCUGUCCAGCGUCGCCACCAGCAACUCCGAGGCUGAGGACCUCUUGGACGACAUUCUGUCGUUUGAGGCUGGUUCCUUGGGUGACGGACUGAAAGACGGCCAAGCUGGAAGUCUCACAAAUAUACCGGAGCUUCAAAUUAAACCAGAACCUCUUUUGCUCACCGAGGCAGAGAUUCAUGCUCUCGCGAAAGAUCGGCAGAAAAAGGAUAACCACAAUAUGAUUGAACGACGGCGGCGUUUCAACAUCAACGACAGGAUCAAGGAGCUCGGCACCCUCCUGCCCAAGACCAAUGACCCAUAUUAUGAGAUUGUUAGGGACGUUAGACCAAACAAGGGUACAAUUCUCAAGUCGUCGGUGGAGUAUAUAAAACUGUUGAAAAACGAGCUCACAAGGAUGAAGCAAAACGAGCUCAGGCAUAAACAAUUGGAGCAUCAGAAUCGCAGAUUACUUCUACGCGUGCAGGAACUCGAGCUGCAAGCGAAAGCACACGGUCUUCCGGUUACUGACUUUAACUGGGCUUCUACUUCCGCCAUGCUUAACACCUUUCCAAGGAGUAAACUCGAGCAACGAAAGAUGCCGGAUCUGACGGUGACGGAGGAAGCGACGAGUCUGAGCAUGUCGCAUCUCGAGGACCUCAUGGAGGACGACACCAGCCCCGUGCAUAGUGGCGACCCGAUGCUGUCGUCGCCGCACCUGCCGCCGUUGAGCCCACCUGCGACUGGCUGUCACCACGGCUUAACCGACGAGGACACCCUCGGCAGCCUGGCAGUGACCACGUCGAACUCCUCGUCCGACAUGGACAUCGUCGCGUAGUUGAAAACCACCGUUGUCCA